AUGGAUCUUAGUGAGUCCAAAAACUUGAAGGAGACCCCAGAUUUCACAGGUAUUCCGAAUCUUGAGAGAUUGAAUCUUGCAAAUUGUGACGGUUUAGUUAAGAUCCAUCCAUCCAUUGCAGUCCACAAAAAGCUUAAAUGGCUGAUACUUCAUCAAUGCAAAAAUGUUAAGUGCUUCCCAAGUAAGAUUGAAAUGGAUUCUCUCGAGUUUCUCAACCUUUCUUACUGCUCAAAAGUAAAGAUUCCAGAAUUUGGAAAAGGAAUGAAAAAUUUGUCAUGCCUUCGCAUACCUGGGACUGCUACUGAGGAACUACCUUCAUCAAUUGAACAUCUGGUUGGCCUUACUAGUCUGGAUCUGUAUGAUAACAAAAGUCUCCAGAGUCUCCCGGGCACCGCAAUUUUAAAACUGAAGUCUCUUGAAUAUUUCAAUAUGGAUGGAUGCCCAAAGGUUAAGAAACUUGUAGAAAAUACGGGGGAGACAAAGACUCUGAAACCGACGCGAAAUAUUGCGGGAUUUGGAGCCUGGAGAAUUGUGUGGGCAGGUGGGGGCCCCAUUGUUGUACGAGCAAGAUUUGGGAAAACCUCCUUAAUGGAACAACCAACAUCUUGA